AGGUUAUUGUGCACGUGUGGUCAUGGCUGCAUUAAUGGUGGCAAGGUGCUAGGGACAGGAAAAGAAGCAGGAGUUGUGGAGGGGCAUCUUUUCCAGGAGGCAAGUACUUUGUGUUUUCACUUGUGCUGGCUGAGCAGGUAGCUGGAUGUCGCCCUGGAGCAGGAGUGAGAUAUACCUGCAGAUUAGCUGGAGUCACAUUUCUCCUUUCUGUAUUUUUAUGUUGUUUAUUUGGAGUUAAAUUGAAGUACGUACUCGAAUUUUCAUUGUCCUUGAUACAGCAGAAGCGACUGAAAAAGGAAUGUUUACCCUUGCAGAAGUUGCAUCGCUCAAUGACAUCCAGCCAACCUAUCGUAUCCUGAAACCAUGGUGGGAUGUAUUUAUGGAUUAUCUAGCGGUUGUGAUGUUAAUGGUUGCCAUUUUUGCUGGAACCAUGCAAUUGACCAAAGACCAGGUGGUCUGCUUGCCAGUUUUGCAGUCUACUAUAAACUCAAAAGCACAACCCAGCACAUCAGGGAAGGCUGACUUUACCACUGUUGAAACAACCACUGGUCAAGGAGAAGAAGCAUCAACAAGAACGGUUUCUUUUGGAAGUGCCCCUACUGUAACACCUGAUGUACCUCUGAGCAGAGCUACCUCUCCUCAGUAUCAACCCACUGAAUCAAGUCAGGAGCUGAAGAAGGAGCAGAAGGAUUCUUCAGGCCGCAAAACAAAUUUGGAUUUUCAGCAAUAUGUAUUUAUUAACCAGAUGUGCUAUCAUUUGGCUCUUCCUUGGUAUUCAAAGUAUUUUCCCUAUCUUGUUCUCAUCCAUACCAUUAUUUUAAUAGUCAGUAGCAAUUUUUGGUUCAAGUAUCCCAAGACCUGCUCAAAAAUUGAGCAUUUUGUGUCCAUAUUAGGGAAGUGCUUUGAAUCCCCUUGGACUACAAAAGCACUGUCUGAAACAGCAUGUGAGGACUCUGAGGAGAACAAACAGAGGUUAACUGGUGCCCAGUCCCUGCCCAAGUAUGUUUCCACUAGCAGUGAUGAAGGAAGCCCAAGUGCCAGCACCCCCAUGAUAACAAAGUCUGGCUUCAAAUUUUCAGCUGACAAGCCAAUGAUUGAAGUUCCCAGUGUCACUAUUUUAGAUAAAAAAGACGGAGAACAAGCCAAAGCACUGUUUGAGAAGGUCCGUAAGUUCCGGGCUCACGUGGAGGACAGCGAUCUGAUAUACAAACUCUACGUUGGCCAGACUAUCAUCAAGACUUUUAAGUUCAUAUUUAUUCUCUGCUAUACUGCAAACUUUGUCAACACCAUUAGUUUUGAACACAUCUGCAACCCGAAAGUGGAACACCUGAUUGGCUACACGCAGUUUGAAUGUACUCACAACAUGGCUUACAUGUUGAAGAAGCUGCUUAUCAGCUAUAUUUCUCUCAUUUGUGUCUAUGGUUUUAUCUGUCUCUACACGCUCUUCUGGCUGUUCCGAAUACCCUUAAAAGAAUAUUCCUUUGAAAAGGUCAGAGAAGAGAGUAGUUUCAGUGAUAUUCCCGAUGUCAAAAAUGACUUUGCGUUUCUUUUGCAUAUGGUGGAUCAGUACGACCAGCUUUAUUCUAAAAGGUUUGGUGUCUUCUUGUCAGAGGUAAGUGAGAACAAACUACGUGAAAUUAGUUUGAACCACGAAUGGACUUUUGAAAAGCUGCGGCAGCACGUUUCCCGCAAUGCCCAGGAUAAGCAAGAAUUGCACCUUUUUAUGCUAUCGGGGGUCCCUGAUGCAGUCUUUGAUCUGACGGAUCUGGAUGUGUUAAAACUGGAGCUGAUUCCUGAAGCGAAAAUCCCAGCAAAAAUCUCCCAGAUGACAAAUCUUCAGGAACUUCAUCUGUGCCACUGCCCUGCAAAGGUCGAGCAGACUGCCUUCAGCUUCCUCCGGGACCAUUUGAGAUGCCUUUAUGUAAAAUUCACAGAUGUCGCAGAAAUUCCUGCGUGGGUGUAUUUGCUCAAAAACCUCCGAGAAUUGUACUUGAUAGGCAACUUGAACUCUGAAAAUAAUAAAAUGAUAGGGCUUGAGUCUCUCAGAGAGUUGAGACACCUUAAAAUUCUCCAUGUGAAGAGCAAUUUGACCAAAAUCCCCCCCAAUAUCACAGAUGUGGCCCCACAUCUGACAAAACUGGUCAUUCAUAAUGACGGCACUAAGCUUGUGGUACUGAAUAGCCUUAAGAAGAUGAUGAAUGUUGCGGAGUUGGAACUGCAGAACUGUGAACUGGAGAGAAUUCCCCAUGCCAUCUUCAGCCUCUCUAACUUACAGGAACUGGAUUUAAAAUCAAAUAGCAUACGCACAAUUGAAGAAAUCAUCAGUUUCCAGCACUUAAAAAGAUUGACUUGUUUAAAGCUGUGGCACAAUAAAAUAGUCAACAUUCCUUCCUCCAUUACCCACGUAAAGAACUUAGAGUCUCUUUACCUCUCCAAUAACAAACUCGAAUCCUUACCAGCCGCAGUGUUCAGUUUACAGAAACUUAGAUGUUUAGAUGUAAGCUACAACUCAAUUGCAGUGAUUCCAGUGGAAAUAAGUUUGCUUCAAAAUCUGCAGCAUUUUCACAUCACGGGAAACAAAGUCGACGUUUUGCCAAAACAGUUGUUUAAAUGCAUUAAAUUGAGGACUUUGAGUCUGGGACAAAACUGUAUUACCUCAAUCCCAGAUAAAGUUGGUCAACUGUUGCAGCUGACUCAUCUGGAACUGAAGGGAAACUGCUUAGACCGUCUGCCAGCCACGUUGGGGCAGUGUCAGCUUCUCAGGAAAAGUGGGCUUGUCGUGGAAGAUCACCUCUUUGACACUUUGCCCUUGGAAGUUAAAGAGGUAUUGAACCAAGACACAAGCAUUCCCUUUGCUAAUGGGAUUUAAGCUGAGGUGAAAUGCUCAAGUAGCUAACUUCCAAACAGUAAAUGCUAAAAAGUGUGGCUAUUGUGAGACCAUGCGUUUUUAGAAAGCAGAUUUCCUUGGAAGGCGAGACUGCUAGUGGGAUUAUAAGAGGUGUAACCGAGUGUUCAAUGUUUGCAGUGUUUUAAAAAGAUUAUUUCCAAAAUUUUUGAGAGGAUAAAAAGAACCUUAAUAAUCUCAAUUCUUUUUUCCUUAAAUUGUUUGUAACUUGGAUGCUGCCGCUUUUGAAUGUUUACAAAUUUGCUUGCCUGCUUAAAGUAAAUGAUUAAAUUGAUGACCUUUUCUUACUAUGCAAGUUAUUCUUUAAGGUCUGGAUUUACUUUAGUGCAUUGUGGGAGGAAAAACAAAGAUAAGUAUUGUAUAUGGGACGGUUCUAAUAGCACUUGAAACACACGUUGGUGUGUUGUUAGUGUUUAGCUACUCUCAGCAAACGAAGCCACCAUUUUCCUGCACUAAGGUAUGUGGUUUGCAUGGGGCCUAAUAUGUUUGCCCUCAUUCUUCAUUCUGAAGGCCUCAUGGUUUUGGAUGAGAUUUGUCUGUGACUUAGUGUGACUCCUUCAGAGCUGCGAGGACCUGUCCUGUUCCACGGCUCUUCUACCCCAGCUUUCGUAAGGCUCCUUUGUCCUGAGUAGCAGGGAGUGGUAAAAGGGAGAGUAGUGCCACUGGCCUUCCGCGUUGGGGAUAGUUUUGAUGUUUGACUGUUCUGCACGAUAACUUCUGAGAGUCAUUAAACAGCAGGUGACUUUAUUGCUGGUGUUUUGCUUCUCUUCAGAGUUUCCGUCUGGGAAACUCAAGACGUUUUACAAGAGUCAGUGAUUAUUUUGUUUCACAGCCCUUGCCCAGGAACAGGGUUGUCUGCUCUAUUUUCCAGACUAAUGACAGAGACUUAGAAUUACCCAAACGUGAUUUAGCUUUAUCACCUAUUGUAGCGUAUCUUCCACACAUAGACUUUAACUGUAGGAUACCCUUACCCCAGCCCUAGUAAUUUGAUAUUUUUGAACAUUUAUGCACUGUUAGAGAACCCUAAAUGUGUGCCAGAUGAGUCAUCAAAUAAAGAAAAAAAGCAGACAGCGGUGAGUGUGGGAUUUUUUUGUUUGGUUGAUUUUGGUGAUGUUGGUUUUUGUUGGGUUUUUUGUUUGUUUGUUUGUUUUUUGUGUUGUUGUUUUUUGUUUUUUAAACUGAGAUUACAUUGCCAGAACCAUGAAAGAAAUACAAUCCAUUAAAUCUGCAAAAUCAUCAGUUGUAAAUCCUGGCCAUUUACAUUCCAUGUCUGCAGAAAAGAAGUACUAUGCUGGGAGAUGAUUACAUGAUUACUCAUGGUUUAAACACAAUUCCCUAUUGUAGUGCGGUCAGGACUGAACUAGUCUGAUGUUCAAGGGACUGUUCUUCUCACACACAAAUCCUCAUGCACAGCAAUUUUUACUGCAGCUUUACCAGAGCUGCCCUGACUUACACCACUCUUAAUGAGGGCAUAGUUUAGGCCUAGGGGCAUUGAGCAGUCAGAAAUAAUUUAAAUACUACUCUUAUGAUUCUUGCACAUUUUAUUGUUAAUCAUUUACUAUCAGUCAUGCUAGGAUGACUGUUCUCAGCUGUAGGUAGCAGUCUCAUAAUACAUACCUAUGCCAUAUGUUUAUGUGUCCCAGGAGACUGGUUAGUGAACGGUGGUUUUCCCACUUCUUUUGAGGUGCGGUCUAUUUUCUCCUUGCCAGCUGCUGGUAAGCUUGUGAUGCUGACAGUUCUGCAGCACCAAGGCACAGAUUUGGCACAACACUUGCGGUUACUGAUCUCUUCUGCACUGGGAAAUGUUUGUGCUAACUUCAGAUUAUUUUUUUUCGACUAGGAGUUGUUAAGGCUGCGGCGGAUUUUUUGUUGUGCUUUUAAGAAACUCUUUCACGUGUUAAUUUUUUGCACAUAGAUCACUUUAAAAUGGCUGGACUAAUAACUCUUAGAAAAACUGUGGGAUAUAAUGUUGGUGUGUGCAUUGUAUUUACUGUUGACUGUCAUUUCAGUUUCCAAGAAAUUGUGUAUAGGAGGGAGGAACAGUUGGAAGAUGGCAAAAUAAUUAAAACGUUUAGAACUAUUUCUACAUUUUUCAAUUUUUUUUCCCCUUAAUUUAAUAGCAGUGUCUCACAGAAUGCAGCCAUGGGCUGACCCUGCUUUUUUAAAAAGCUUUUUUGGAUGUUUCUGAUGCUCCUAGUGUCCCUACUGUUGUUCAAAAAUAAGCCCAUGUUCACUUAAUAUGAGUACAGUAUGAAUAAAUUAGAUCCCUGUAUGACUAGUUAUUAGCCAGUUGUACUCAUUUAGGCAACUUCCUCCAAAUAAUUGUGUUUUAACUUCAGGCUUGUGAUGCUUACUCAUCAUAACCUCCAUUCCUGUUUUUAGGAGAACUUUCUCAGCGUGGGGAAGAACUGCCCAUCUUCCCCAGGUCGCCUCCUUCCCCAGUCCUUCCUCUCUCUGUGACUGUUUAUAAUGUUCCCAUUUCCUGCCUGUCAACUGACACACUCUUGCUUUAAGGUCUUGGAAGUUCAUCUUUUUUCCAUGUAAGGCAUGUGAAACAUAUUUUGCAUUUCUAUUUGAUUUAAUAAAUAAGAUGUUCAUA